GGGAGGAUACGGCUGAGCCCUGGCUCCAGCUCAUGUCCAGAUCUGCUCACCAUGGCCCUGGUACUGCUCCUCCUGCUGCUGACCCUCUGGCCUGAGUGUCACACAGAUAUCACUUCACAUGUCCCCCCAGCCUCAUACCCCAAGCCAUGGCUGGGGGUUCAGCCAGGGGCAGUUGUGACUCCUGGGGUCAACGUGACCUUGAGGUGCCAAGCUCCCCAACCCUCCUGGAGGUUCGCACUCUUCAAGGCUGGAGAGAUCACCCCAGUGCUGUUUCGGGAUGUGGCUGCGGAGCUGGCAGAGUUCUUCCUGGAAGAGGUGACCCCAGCCCAGGGGGGCAGUUACCACUGUUGCUACAGGAGGCAAGGGUGGGGGCCGGAGGUCUGGUCCCCACCCAGUGAUGCCCUGGAACUGCUGGUGACAGACGUGCUGCCUCCGCCGUCGCUGAUGGCGCUGCCCGGGCCGGUGGUGGCGCGCGGCGCGAACGUGAGCCUGCGUUGCGCUGGCCUCAUAGGCGGCAUGAGCUUCGCGCUGUACCGCGUGGGCGAGGCGGCUCCGCUGCAGUAUCGCAACUCCGCGCGGCCCUGGGCUGACUUCCCACUGCCCGCCGCCCGCGCCCCCGGCACCUACAGCUGCUACUACCAUACGCCCUCGGCGCCCUAUGUGCUGUCGCAGCGCAGCCAGCCGCUGGUCGUCAGCUGGGACGGCUCUUUACCCUCGGACUAUACCCGUGGUAACCUCGUCCGCCUGGGGCUGGCCAGCCUGGUCCUGAUCUGCCUGGGCGCGUUGGUGGCUUUUGACUGUCGCAGCCAGAGCUACGCUCCUGGUGUCCUCCUCUCCAGAAUUAAAACCCUGGAGCAAGGCCGUUACUGCAUAUCCUGGAGUCGGGAGGACAUUUUGAGUAACACAAACGGUAAGACUGAAGGAAUUUCGGUGGAACAGGCUGAAGGGGCUGCCAUGAUCUCCCAAUUUCUGUUCCUGCUCUGCUUUGGUCUGUGUCUUAGCCAAAGGGACAUGACAGGAGAUGGGCCACUUCCCAAGCCCAGCCUCAGUGCCUGGCCCAGCUCGGUGGUCCCUCUCAAGAGCAAUGUGAUUCUGAGGUGCUGGUCUCCAACCAGGAAUGUAAACUUUGCUCUCAAAAAGGGAAGAAUUACUAUGUGGUCCUUAGAGCCAUGUAAUCUUACAGAGAACCUGGCUGAAUUCCUUCUCACUGAUCUACACCAAGGUAACGCUGGGGAGUACACCUGUGAAUACUACACCAUUCUGUCCCCCUACACAACUUCACAGCCCAGUGAUGUCCUUCUACUUCUGGUUACAGGAGGUUUCCCUAAACCUUCCCUCCAAGCCUACCCAAGUCGUAAUGUGACUGCAGGAAAAAAAGUGCCUCUGCGGUGCCAGAAGCCAUACAAUGUUGUGGACUAUGUAAGGUUUGCUCUACUGAAGGAAGGAAUGUCAGAGCCCAUACGGGACUGGAGGCCAUUAGGGAACAUGGCAGAGUUCUCCCUCCAGAAUGUGACAGUCAAGGACACUGGGAACUACAGCUGUGUCUACUACCAGAAAAGCAGUCCUUUCUGGGCCUCACACCCCAGUGAUAGCCUUGAGAUCUGGGUGACAGAGGGAAUUCAAAGUCAGAGAACUACUCCUCCACAAACCAGUAAGAAAAUUGGGACAAAUGGAAUCAUCCUUAUUAUCAUCUUCACCUUACUUUUCCUCCUCCUCCUCCUCUCAGCCCUGCUCAUCUACAAAUACACCCGACGUGGGGCAGCUCCUGACAAGAUGACCAAAAGCUCCCUCUCUUCCAAGGAAUCUGAAGAAGUGGUGACAGAUUCGUCUGUAAUUAUGAAGAUUCGCUCGUCUGCCUUGGCUGAAGUAUCCCAGGCCUCAAAUGCUGAAGAACCCCAGGGAGUGACAUAUGCUGAGAUACAUACCAGAGCCCUAAGACAGGCCUCUUCAAACCUUACAAAGCAGCCUCUUGAGACUUGUGUGUAUGCGGCUGUGAAGAGAUAACCAGGAGAAGAUCUGAAGCCCAGGAAGGAAGAACUUCCAGCAAGGGAAUGAGGGAUGGGGCAGAAGCCCCUUGGGGACUGGGCAUAUAGGGAUCCCUUUCCUCAAAUCUCCAAUGAAGACUUGUUUAUUUUCUAAAGAGAGAUCUCAUUUACAUAGAGUAGAAUGCACCAAUCUUAAGUGCACAGCUCAGUAACUUUUUACAUACAUAUCUCACCUACUAACCUAAAGCCUGGCAGUUCAAACCCACCCAGUGGUGCUGCAGAAGAAAGGCUUGGUGACCUGCUUCUAUAAAGAUUACAGCCAACAAAAUCCUAUGAGGAAGUU